AUGACUGUGGCAACACCCUACUUUAGAUUGACCCUUCCGAAUUCCGUGCACUCUGAAGACAACUACGGUGAAUCCACCAAGAAAUGUAAGGUCUAUGAUUUGAUAUCGUUUGUCUAUCUCUCGCUCCAGUGUCCGUCCGAUAGCAAACUCAAGUCAUUCCUGCGUCACACCCUCGAGACCAUCCAAGAGAUCAAUCACCUCUACAUCCCUCAGCAACUGCGUCAUCUGCUCAACGAUGAGUUUAUGUAUGAGUACUUUGACCAUCUCCCACACAUCAAGAAGUUAGUGUUGAGCGACCAGAUAUUCACGCCAAAGGUUGCGCUAUCCGCUUCUCGUUUCAAGAGUCUGACAACGAUCCAUCUCACCGACGUAGAUGUCCGAGAGAGCAGUGGUGAAGCAGAACUAAACGAUUCCAACGAUAGUAUUCUAUUGAAUACCAAUGAAUCCAAGAUCGAUUGCUCCGAUCUGACCGUCUCAGUGCAAUCGCUCGUCAGCUUCCUCGAUUUGACACCACUCGUCGAGUCACUCAUAAUGGAUAAUCUUACCUUUGUCGACCAUAUCACCAGCGAGCCGGUGCCACUCGACGACAACCAUCUUCAAGUCAUCGGAAACUAUAUUUUGAACCUCAAAGAACUCGGUCUUUCCUCGUUCCCAGUGGAUAAACGUGGUAUUUCCUGCAUGCUUAACCGUUGUACAUCAAUGCGCAGAAUCAUCAUGAACAACUGUAAAUCAAUCACACCGGAAAUCCUCUUUGAACUUCAAGUGGAAUACCCUCACAUCAGUUUUGUUUGUGACCAUACCAAAUAUUCUUUACAAUCACCAGAAAUGUUCAAAUAUAGAUAUGAUUAA